CUCCGCAGCCAUGCAGAGCUCAGCCCCCGGGCCGGCCGCCCCCGCCCUGCACCUGCUCACCUCCUACUUCAUAGACAGCAUCCUGGGCCGGAGCCCCGCCGCCAGGCGGCAAGGCGGGGACCCCACGGAGCCGCCCGAGCCCUGCCCCGCGCCGCUGGCGGCAGAGAAGCGCCCGGUCCCCGGCGCGUGGGCGGAGAAGGAAGCGGCAGAGGACGCGGAGAAGGGCAGCAGCUGCCCCGGGGAGCCGGCGGCUGGUGUCUCCGGCUCAGCCCCCGCAGCUGCGGCCGAGGCGCCGGGGCCCCUGAAGCGGAAGCAGCGGCGCUACCGCACCACGUUCAGCAACUUGCAGCUGGAGCAGCUGGAGCGGGCGUUCCGCAAGUGCCACUACCCCGACGUGUUCACCAGAGAGGAGCUAGCAAUGCGUCUGGAUUUAACAGAAGCCAGAGUUCAGGUCUGGUUUCAAAACAGAAGGGCAAAAUGGAGGAAACGUGAAAAAACUGAAUUGUUAGGGAACGUUCCAGGACUCUCCUUAACGCAUCCAUUGGGUCUGUUUUUGGACAUUCCAUUGAGUCAGUCUCCUCUUCUGGACCACGCAUGGAGAUCAAUGCCACUUUCAACAAUAGCUAUGCCAUCCGUAACUCCAGCAUUCAACCCUGCAAGUUUAGGGCCGUUUGGUCUCAGCAGUCUUGCCUGGACAUCUCUCUUCAGAAAUCCAAUUUUAAGUCCCCAUUUUGGAAGAUUUCUCAAUACUUUAAAUCCUCUCAUGACAACAGCUUCAGUCUUAAUGAAAGCACCAGGACCCCCGUCAGACCCUGGUCUCACUGCCUUCACUGAUCCGGCAGCAGUUGAAAGGAAAACGUCGAGCAUUGCAGCACUAAGGCUCAAAGCGAAAGAACAUUCAGCACAAAUCCCUCAAUUAAACCUCCUAUCCAGUCUUACAAACACUAACAAAGAACUUUGUUAGGAACUUUCCCGCAGACUGCAGUAGCAUAGGAGAAAGCAAAUGCCUUCUCCCAUAAGUGGAUCCAGUUAUACAGAGGCAUAUAAAAAAACCCAUCCAUCUGUAGAUCUUCCAUCUGCAAAAUGGACUGAUGGAAAUUUUAAUCCUGCUAAAAAUAGCUUUCCUUUAUUAUAACACAAAAUUGUGCGGUCAUGUAGCAAAUGAUAAAUGACUACUUAUGGUGAAUUUUCAACAUUACAAAAGAUAUACAUCAGGAAUUGAUUCUUCUACAUAAAUAAAACUAAUGUGAAGAACGAGUUUGCUGUGAAACCCCAUGAUGUACUGGACAUUAGCACAAAGGUUGAAAAUCCUCUGUAGAAAUAACUCUGGAGUUUUAUAAACAAUCCUUAAAUGAUGUCUCAGGAGGAACUGUGUAACCACAAUAGUUUAGACCUAAGAAUCAAUAUAUGGUAUGUUCUUAAUUUAAAGAUCAUGCUUCACGUUGAAGUACAAAUGCCAGUGAAAUUUCACAAAGUAAACAGAAUGAUCAGGAAUGAGGUAUGAAAUAUUUUGAAUAUAGGGCUUUGAUUCAAAACUAGGUUUGUACAAAAUGUAUCCUGUUUCAAACUGAAAUAAACAAAAAAAAGUUUGCUUCUCCGUUCAAUGCGGCAAUGUUUUAAUAACUAUAUCCUAAGCUUUAACCUUUGACCAUAGAUCACUUUGUAAAUGAAAGUUGUCCUGUAAGAAAAUAUUUGUUUCUGUGCAGUAAAUUGUGUGUAAUUCAAUAUAUAUAUAUUGGUGAGUAGUUACUAGUUUUAACCACAAGGUUUCUGAAUGUUUUUAGGGUGACUGGUGGCAAAUAGUAGCAGACCAAUAUCGUUAAGUUAACUCUCAUUAUUUGUAAAUCUCUUUCAAAGUAUAUUGUAUGCUUAAAUAGAUUCAGAUUUGCAGUGAAAAUUAUUAACAGGUCUUUAAAAAAAAAAGUCCUUGAAAUGAUUAUUGGGAAGAGUAAAAACUGAGGUUCUGACGAAUAGACAUUAAAUUUACCAAAACCCGUGGGCAAGCCAUUUACUGUAUCUGCCCCAGCUGUAAACUGGGGGUGAGAAGAACAACAACUAGUUCUUGUAUAGCUCUUGAUCCAGAAAUACCAAAGUGUGUUAUAAAGGAGGGUAAGUAUCAUCCCAUUUUACAGACCACUUGCGUAUCGACCAGGGCUGUUGUGAGGACUAAAUGAAUGUUCUGAACACUGUCCAAAUGUAAAAAAGCUAUAUUAGUGCUAAGUGUUGUAUGUUAAUUGGCAACCUCAGUGGCAGUCACAGCAGAGGCAACAAGGACUAAACAGACAUGGAGACCAAGCUUUUGUCUCAUCCCUAGAGGUCCCUCCAAAGAGGCUUCGAGUACCAUACAUUAGUGGGACAGGGUGGAGAAUCUUUCAUUGAUGCUGCCCGUGCUUCUCCUGUUCCAUUGAGACCAUUCUGAUGCACUAACGUCACUUAGAAAAUACAGAAAAAGCAUUCAGUGUCCCCCACACCUCUGUAAGAUUUUUUUCCCCAUGUGCUUCAUGCUCUGUAAGAUCAGGCUACUGUAUCUUGACUCAAACUACAAUCAACCUACCAUAGCCCCUGUUACAUCUCUUGAUAACAUUUAUUCUGAAUGUGAUCAAUAAUGUUGCAGUGAGCUUGGAAUGUAGAACCCUUAGCUACCCUAAUUUCUGCUUUU